GGAGAAAUUCUUUGGCACAAUGUGACACCCCCACACACCAGAGCACGAUGAGCUUCACCCACGACAAGUUAGCUGAUAAUAUUUAUUGGAUUCGAGAAGAAGACACUAGGGAAUGUUUUCCAUUAAUGUACCUAAUUCUCGGAACAGAAGAUACAGCUUUACUAAUUGAUACUGGAUGUGGUUGUGGUAACAUCUACCAUUACUUACGUUCAUUGUCCUUUAUGGAGAAUAUGAAAAUAAUUGUCGUCAUCACUCAUAAUCAUCCCGAACAGACGGGAGGCAAUUGGCGGUUUUCAACAACCGGCAAUAAUGGAUUGGCUCAUUUGGUGGAAGAUUUGUGUGCCGGGCGCAAGAAUAAAUAUUAUACCCGGUUGAUGGAUAGUAGCUGGCAUUGGGAAAUCGAAACGUACAAAGUGACCCGGUGGCUAAAUGAUGGAGACAAAAUUAUAUUGGGAGAUGAAUCACAUUUGAUGAAUAUUGUUCAGGUCAUGUGGACUCCUGGACAUACUCCCGACAGUAUUGUACUUUGGUAUCCGUACGCUAAUCGUCUAUUUGUCGGUGACCUCUUUUACCGUUUUGAUGAUAUAAUGUUCACCUACCAAUAUACAGACAUUCGACAGUACGAAAAUUCAGUCAGAAGUAUUUUGAAGUUUGUGAAAAGUCAAGAUGUUGAGGUACGAUAUUCUGCAUCAAAAAACGACACCGAUAAUAACUGCCUCCCAACGUUCAAGCUUUAUCAUAGGUUCUUAUUGGCUGUUAUUGCAGGAACACAUGUUGGAACACAUUUAAGAAUUGAUGAGGCGGAAGGAGUUCGUUACGAAACAAGAGAUAAAAGUAUGAAGAUUGUGAUUGGACGAAACAUUGUCAGAAAGUUGAUUGAAGCUAGAGAAAAAGCCACUCAAGUGCAUUAAUAUGUAUGGUAUUGUUGAGUAAAAUAAUGUGUUUUUUGUUUUGACGUUCAAUAAAAUAUAUUCAUACUUU